UGAGAACCUAUAAUUAUAUCGAUAGUAUUGUCUUUAUAUAGUUUUCAAAUUCAUGCAUCUUUUAAUUUACAUUGAGAAAUUAUUUCGUUAUAAAAAGUAAAGAAAAAUGCAGGCUGUGAAAGAUAAGCUGCAGGACAUGAAUGCCAUGCGCAAGGCCAAAGCAGAAGCAAAGGCCGAGGAAAAGUCAGAGAAUGACAUUAUGCAAGCGAGAAAGGACAUAGCUCGUGAGGUUAGAUUGGCAAAAGAAGCUGAAGCAGCUAUGGAUUUGCAUGUGACAAAGGCAGGAGAAAGAGCAGAGAAAGAAAUAGAAAAACAUGCACCCAUGGGUCCAAAUGCAAAUUCAGCUGAUGAAGUUGAUACAAUGCAGCCUCCAUCAAAUAAUCCCACAUACACAGCUAUGUGAUCAAGCACAUGCCUCAAACGUGCAUGGAGUGGAUCAUUAAUAUAUAGAAAGAUUUUGCAAUCAAUAAAAUAGAUAUUAUGAAAUUAAUUAUGGAGGUUUUUU